AUUGUUAACAAUUAUGCAUCGAUGGAUAAUUUUUAUAAUAAUUGUGUUGACAUUUGUCCAAUUAACUCAAGAAUGGUCCUUGUGGAAAAAGUCUGAUGACGAUUGGGAUGGUUGGGACUAUGCAUGUAAUAAAAAAGGUUUUGGUCACUCUAAAGGUGGAAAGGGUUGUCACAAGGGCUGUCAUAAUCAUAAGAAUGGUAAGGAACAUCAUCACCACACUAUGGUUUUCAUUGAGAGAAAACACAAAUCGAAAUUGAAGAAAAUCCUCUUCUGGUGGUGGCCGUUUGGAUGUAAACACUACAAGCCUGUGGUUGUUAAAACGUGCGCUGAUAGUUGGAGUAGUGGUCAUCAUCAUGAGGAUCACUGGGGUGGUGGUGAUUGUCAUAAGGGCCAUAAAGGUCACAAGGGACAUAAAGGACAUAAAGGGCAUAAGGGGUACAAAGGAUGGGACGAUGAUGAUGAUGACCAUCACCAUUGGCACAUGAAGAGCAAGAGGGACAAUGAACAUCAUAUUCAUCACCAUAAACAUGAUUGUGAUCAUCAUUGGGAACCAAAGAAAAUAACUCAUCACCAUGUUCACUAUGGGCAAAAGAAGGGUAAGAAAAAGAAGGAGAUUAAGAAAAUUGAAAAAUAUAAACCAGAAAAGAAAAAGAAAAAGAAACAUGAUCAUGAUAUAAUUAUUCUAAAUGAUGGUCACCAUUGGGGUGGUGGUGGUGACCAUUGGGAUCCUUGGGGUCAUUAUCAUCAUCAGGAUCAUUGGGAUCCUUGGGGUUCCUGGGGUCAUGGUGAUCAUGGUGAUGUUUGGGAUUGGGUUGAUGGACAUUCGCAUGGUGGUCAUCACAGUCAUGGACAUGGAAAGAAAGGUAAAAAAGGAACACAAUUCAGUCAUGAUAUCGAUAAUUAUAUUGAUUCGAUAAAGAGUCACAUGGGCGUUGAUCGGAAAGACGUGACAAUAGUAAACGGAUCGCCGAUGGAAACUCAAAGAGUCAAUUACAUGACAAAAAACUCACCGAUUAGACGAUUAACAAGUAAAAAAUGGAAAAGAUUAAAAUCGCCAGAAUCUUCGACAUCAUCUCCUUUUAAUCCAUCAGAAUUAACAGAGAACAAUUUAACAAACGAAGAGACAAAGAAAAAGAAGAAAAAAUUUUUUGGUUUCAUUCCAAUUGGUUAACAAGGAGAAAAAUCAAAACGAAAAGAACAAACAAAAAAUUCAUCAACAAUCAACAGAUUGUAAUCAACAAUCUCUCUGGUUAUGAUUAAUUUUAAUCAUCAUCAACAAACGUACAUCAAGUUCACUAAAGAAUAAAACAAUUAAAAUGCCAAAUAAUUUAAUUCGGAAAAAAGAAAAAAUUAAAAAAAAAAGUAAACAAAAGACUAACCUGAUUUGUUGAAUAAUCAACAUGGUGACUCAAUGAUUUGCCAAACUCUUCAUUUACAUUACAAGGAACGAGGAUUAAGCGGGAAACUGCCAACACUUUUCUUUGUUUCCAUCAUCAUCAUUAACACCAUUCGGAGAUAAUUAAUUAAUCUUUCCCAUCAUCAAUUUUCUCAUCAUCUUAAUCAUCGAACAUUAACUGUUUAAACAAUUAACAUUCUAUUCUCUAAAUGGUUUUGUUUUUCUCUCAUUUUUGUUCCACCAUUUUGUCUUCAUCUUGUGACUUUUAUUUAUCUUCUUUCUUGUCUGUAAAUAGAUGAACAUGUAACAUUUUUAAUCGGUUUUUGUGUUAAUCUUUUUUCUUUCUUCAUCAUCAUUUUGGUUUUAAUGUUUGGACAAUCAACUAACUGGACACUUGAUGGACAAUUAUUGGUAAUCAGUGUCUAUUUAAGUGAACAAUUUGAAAAGUGAAAACAAUUGACAAUAUUCUGAGAUCAUCAAGUGUCUUGAUCAUUUUUUCCCUAUCAACAUGAUGAUGGUCAUCGUUUUACAAAUUUUGGUCAUCUAAUUAGCCCACCGAGUGAUUGAUUAGCUAAUUGUGAUUAUGUUCACAGUUUUCUAUACAAAAUGUUCUCUUUCUAUAAUUAGUUUACCCUUGGAAAAGAUUCAAAGAGGAGACAUUUUUUUUUCUUUUUUUUUUGUUCUCUAAAAAAAGGAGACGAUGACUUGAGUCCUUCACUUUCUUCCAUGAGAAUUGAGUUCUCCAUGUCAGAUGAACUUUUACUUAAAUCAUGAUUGAAAGAUGGAGAUCUUUCUGAAACUUGGAUGUAUUGCUGUUUCCGGUUUACUGAUCCUAUUCUGUGGUCUUUUGGAUCAUCUAUAACAAAAAGGAGAAAAGAAAAUAUCGUAAUGAAUAAAAAUGGAGCCAAACCCAUGGGAGAUUUUACAUUUUACAAGAAGAGAAAAGAACAAGAGUCAAAGAGAAUAAUCUUUUUAAUCAAUGGUCAACAUGGAAAAUUGAAUAAUUGUUCCACUUAAAUUGUGGACAAUAAGUGAAAAUCUAUUGUGAUCAUUUGGUUGUCAUCUUUUUAAUGGAAAAUUCAA